AUGUCGAAGAAGGUGUCUAUCAUAGGAAACGGAAACUGGGGAACAACAAUUGGAAGGCUGAUAGCAAUCAACACGAUGGAAAGCAGCAUAUUCAGCAAUGAAGUCAGGAUGUGGGGAUGCCACGAAGAGUUUGAAGGGAGGGUUCUGAACGAAAUAAUCAACAGCGAUAAUAUAAACCCAAAGUAUCUGCCUGGAAUACAUCUGCCUGAGAAUCUGAAGGCAGAGAGUGAUCUUUACAAUCUUGCAGACUCCGAUAUACUUGUUUUUGCAUUGCCCCAUCAAUAUAUCGAUGUAAUUGCGCCUCUAAAAGGUCUUGUAAAAAGUAGCUGCAUUGGAGUGUCUCUGACCAAGGGAUUCAUAGGUACUGAGGAUGGAUAUAUAGAUCUGGUGAGUAGAGUGAUACAUAAAAUGUUGGAUAUAAGUGUGAGUGUGGUGAUGGGAGCCAAUAUUGCAAAUCAGGUCGCAAGAGAUAUGAUAAGUGAGGCGACAUUGGGAUGUAUUGAUGAUGAAGCAGCAGAUGUUAUAUAUAAGCUGUUCAAUAGCUACACAUAUCGAGUGACUAGAAUAAAGGAUGUGUAUGGAGUGGAGAUAUCUGGGGCACUGAAGAAUGUAGUUGCGAUGGCAUAUGGGUUUGCAGAAGGACUGGGAUACUGUAGCAACACAAAAGUAGCGAUAUUCAGGAGUGGACUUGCAGAGAUGAGAAAGUUUUUCAAGUUUUUCUAUCCGAUGGCCACUAUUGAGUCGUUGUUCCAGUCUUCAGGGAUAGGCGAUCUGCUUGUGUCAUGUAUGGAAGGCAGGAACUACAGCUGUGCAAAGAUAAUGGCUGAAAAGAGACUGAAACUGAAUGAAGCAGAGGGAACGAUGUGCUAUACGAAGCUGCAGGGGCCUGGAACUGCUUUUGUUGUCUUCAAUUAUCUAAAGAAGCAGAACAGAGUUGAUGAUUUCCCACUUAUGAGCACUGUUUACAGGAUAUGUUACGAAGGCAACGCGUAUGAUGCAAUUCUAGAGUGUAUUUCUUCAGAGUCCAUAGAAAAGUGA